CGCUGGUGGGCCAUCAUUAUUAUGAAUACUUUAAAUGAAAAGAUCCCGAAAGCUUAACCAAUCUUGAAUAUUUCCACUAAAAGAUGUCAAGUUUAAUUUAGAUAAUUGCAUACCUUGUGCACUGGUAUUUUCAAUCUUUACAUUACUUGCAUCUUUAGCACUAAAUUUUGACAUUUGCUGUUUAACCUUAACCCACAAAGUAAAAUGCUGUCUUGAACAGUUUGCUGUUCAGUUACAUAUUUGUCAAACUCUUUUUCAUCAACUACUUCAAAUAAUUUAUCAAAAAUCUCUGAACACUCAGUAUUAAAUUUUGCACAUUUAUUUUCAAAAGGUUGUAACUGAAAUUCAUCACAAGCAUAUUUUUCGAAAUCUUAAGUUGCUUUCGUUAUACUUUAAAAUUCUUUUCUUAAUUAAAAAUGCUUCCAUAAUUAACGUUAAUUAAUAAUACCGAACAUAUAUGAGCAAAUUCACUUACCUCCGUUUGAGGUAAUCCAAAUGAAACCGAAAUAAUUAACUUGUCGAAUGCGAAGUAAUAUAUCACACUUUUUUAUCAAUUUAAGACUUCACCUUUAAGCUUUUUAACCAGCACUUUGUCCACAGGCACUAAUCUUCCUCCGGCUCGACAGACCACAAUAUUCGAGAAUAAAAAUAUUUUUGAAAUACAAACACUAGGAAUUAAUGGACUGUGGCUUUAUUUUCUUUUACUUCUGUUUGGAUGGACACUCUUGCCAUCGCAUACGUGCACCACCCAACACGCAAUCAAUCCAAUAAUGGCCGCUAGCUAACCACGUUGUUGUUUUCUCUCAUCGUGGUUGCCAGAUCACUUCAGCCUUAACAAGAAAUAUUUCUUCAUGUCCAAUCCAAUAAGUGAGUUUGAUAUAUACCACCUACUCUGGAAAUAAAUUUUAGGUAAAAAUUUCAGUGUCCUAAAUGUUUGAAAAGCUUUAGGUAUGCCUAAAUUUAAUUCUUUUCUGAUCUUUGAAACUAGAGGGGUCCAGCAUGAAUGCUUACACUUAUGUUGCAGUUUUUAUAUGCAUGUGGAUUUUUAAAAAUACUUCUUAAAAUAAUUUUUUCAGGCCUUGAAGAUCAGUUAUUACCUUUGGUAAUUCAGAAUGAGAGAGCAGAAUUAGAAACUACUAAAGAAAAACUGGUGAAGAGUAUAAGUGAUAACAAAAGGCAGCUUGCCGAUAUAGAAGAUACCAUAUUAAGAUUAUUGAAUGAAGCUAAAGGUUCUUUACUGGAUGAUGAAGUGUUAGUGCAAGCUCUUAAAAAGUCUAAAUUAGCUUCCCUUGAUAUUGAAGAAAAGCUGAAAAAAGACCAGGAAACUGAACUUGUUAUUGAUGCUUUAAGAGAUAACUAUAGACCUUGUGCUAAAAUGGCAUCUAUAUUAUAUUUUGUGCUAACAGAUAUGACAUUUGUGGAUUCUAUGUAUGUAUUUACUCUGGAUUCGUAUAUUACUUUAUUUUUAUCUUCCAUAAGUAAGUCACCAAGGGAUCCAAAUAUACCUCGCAGAAUCUCAAAUCUGAAUGCCUUUCAUCAACGUGCAGUAUAUAGAUAUGCAUGCAGAACAAUUUGUGAAAAACAUUCUUUGCUUCUUGCAUUUCAUAUGUGUACUAAAAUUAUGAGAAGUCUUGGUAAAAUUCAUAAUGAAGAAUACAAUUUCUUUAUCAAAGGAGGUCAAGUAAUUGAUCGCUCUGAAGAACCACCUAAUCCAUGUUCACUUUGGCUGCCUCAACAUUGCUGGGAUCAUAUCACUCAACUGGAGCGGUUACCAAAAUUUCUCGGAAUAACUGUAUCAUUUGACGAAAUAUCUAGAAUGUGGCAAGACUGGUACACAACAGCAGAGCCAGAGAAAAUAUAUUUGCCAGGUAACUGGCGGAAUAUCUGUGAUGAAUUUCAGCGAUUACUAAUAAUACGAUGCCUUCGCCCUGACAGAAUCACAAACUGCAUUAGCAAUUUUGUUGAUAAAAAUCUUGGAAAAGGAUUUUUGGUAUACCCUGGCAUGGAUUUAAGUGAAAUUGUUAAAGAAUCUACAUCAAAUAAGCCUCUAGUGGUUUUUACUCUUUCAUCAUACAUAGAUCCUGAACAAAUAAUUCAGAACCUUGCUGAAACAUGUGGAAUGGCAGAUCGUUAUAGAGCCAUUUCUCUAGGUCAGGGGCAAGAAGUUGUAGCAUCACAACUUAUAGUUGAUGCAGCCAAAAUGGGAUUCUGGGCAUUCUUAUCAAAUUGCCACCUUUUAAUUGACUGGUUUCCAGCUUUGGAAAAAAUAGUAAACAAGAUAGUUACCCUUAAAAUCCAUCCUAAUUUCCGACUUUGGCUCGGUUUGCAUCCUGCUAGCACAUUUCCAACCUCGGUACUGCAGAAUAGUAUGAUUAUAACACUUGAAUCACCUAAGGGAAUUAAAGCAAAUAUGCUGAAAUUAUAUGAUUCUCUUGAAAAGGAAGGUGAGAUUGAAUCCAGUGGGAAUAUGGGGAAAUACAAAAGUCUGCUAUUUACGUUAUCAUUUUUUCAUUCUGUUCUUCUUGAAAGGAACAGAUUUCAACAUCUUGGAUGGAAUAAUGUAUAUAUGUUCACAGAGGCUGAUUUUCAGAUGGCUAAAAUGCUAUUCGAAACAUAUUUAAAUUAUUAUAAAGAUACACCCUGGGAUGCAUUAAAAGAUGCAAUUGAAAUUACUUAUGGCGGUCAUUUAACGGAUGAUAGAGAUGAGAUUCUAUUGACAACAUACUAUGAACAGUAUUUUUGUGAUGAGGUUUAUGCUAAUAUAAAGUUUCCUUUAUCAUCUGUUAGUCAUUACUAUGUUCCAGAAGAAGGGCCAAUGAGUUCUUAUGUGCAGUUUAUUAAAAAUUUACCAACUGUUGAUGUUCCAGAAGUAUUUGAACAGCAUUGUAAUGCUGAAAUUCCAUACCGCAUUCAUCAUGCACAGGAACUAUUAAAGAACAUGUCAAAAUUUCAAAAUGAAAGUUUUACACAAAGUGGAAAUAUGGAAAAUCAGGUCAUUGUGAUUAUCUCUGAAAUCAAAGAAAAUCUUCCAAGCUUAAUUGAUAAACAAGCUGUGACCGGAAUUUUACAAGAUAAAAAUGAUCCUUACUGUUACAUUUUGAUGCAAGAAUCUGAACAAUACAAUGCCCUAGUAGAAUUAGUUUCUGAAGAAAUAAAAGAUUUGGAAGAAAGCAUUAAAGGAAAACGAAUUAUAAAUCAAAAACUGGAAGAAUUGUCUGAUGUUAUGCUGAGAAUGGAAGUUCCUAGACACUGGCAAAAGGCAUAUCCAUCUUUAAAACCACUUGGGUCAUGGAUUCAAGAUCUAAAAAUGAGGGUGGAACAAUUUCAUGAUUGGUCUUCUUCAGGUUCACCUCCUAUCAAGUUCUGGUUACCUGGAUUUACCGCACCAAGUAGUGUUCUAAAUGCUGCUUUGCAGAUAUCAGCAAAGGAAAAUGAUGUGAUGCUGAGAGAUCUAGUUUGGGAAUACCAUGUUUCUACGCUGGAUGAAGCUCAUAUCAAAGAAGCUCCACCGGUAAGACAAAAAUUAAUAACAUACAUUCAGUUAGAUAGAUAA